AUGAUAAGAAAUUUAAGAAGUUAACGAGGCAAAAAGGAAUAAUUACUAAAAAAAGACUAAAUAAUAUUAUGCAAGGAAGAAACUGACUAUAAAUUGUUAAAAAUAUUGGAAGAUUGGAUUGUUAAUGAUUAGAUGGUUAAAGUUACAGAAUUAGUAAAGUUUGAAGGAAUAAAAAGAAAUAAGCAGUAAUAUAAGUGUUAAGAAUAAAGAACAUUUGAUUUCUAAAAUAAAUGGUAUUUAUAUAUUUAUAAUUCAAGGACUUUGAUUGAAGGUGUAUCAAUAAUCAAUUCUGAGGAAACUAUUUAUGUUGUGGAUUUAGAAAUAUAUUCAUAAGCAAUACGUAGUCUAAUAAAUGAAGAGAAAUCAAUAAUUGAAAAAACACAAAAAUAUUAUGAUGAUGAAGACAAUGAAGAUGAGCUUCCUCAAAAAAAAUCAAAGAAAAAUAAUAAAUAAAAUGAAGAUUUUGAUGAUAAAUAGAUUGAAAAUGAUGAAGAUUCAAAUGAUUCAUAUUCUUCAGCAGAAGAAGAUCCAGUUCCAAAAAAAUAAAGAAUAUCAAGAAAAAAAGAAGAAAAAGAUUAAAAGAAAGGAAAAUAAAAGAGUAAGAAAUUUAGGGAUUUAUAUAAAAAUUUAAAAAGUGUUAAUUCAUAAUUUGAAGGAACUGAAGAUUAUUUUAUAGAUCGUCAAAGUAUGAAAGCAAACAAUAAAGAAGUGAUUCGAGCAGCAUAAACAGGAAAUAAGAAAUUAAUGGAAGAUAUAUUUUCAAAAUAAUAUAAAUUAUCUUCAGUUGAAGAUAGAUGGGGACCAGAAUUAGAUAUAUCAGCAGAAGAAAUUUUAUUAAGAAAAUAAGAUAAAGAAUUAUUGUCUUAUUAUUUAUAAAACAAAAAUAAAGUUAUUCUAGGUCGAGAAAAUGCUUGCACAUUAAAAGAAAUUAAUACAGGCUAUAACAAUAAACAUGCAUAUGGAGUAAAAUUAAGAAAAGUUGCUUUAGGAAGAGGAAAUAGAGAAGGAAAUAAUGCAUUUGUUUAUGAUUUAAAUGAUGAAGAAGAGGAAAGUUAUUAUUUUUAAAAAUUAUUGGAAAUUGAAACUGAUCCUUAAUUAUAUGAACUAUUCUUCCUUGAUUCCAAAAAUUAUGAAUUUGAUAAUUAAUUAAUAGAAAAUGUUUCAAAGGCUGUAAGAUGUGGAAAUUGGAAGUCUGCUAAAUACUUAAUUAAUUACUCUAUUGUAAAUAAUCAAGAUGGAUAUGGAUUUAAUUAUCUCCAUCAUGAUGCUUUGGGUGAUAAUUUUAGUACAUAUAAAUUGGAUUAAAUUAAAAAGGUUUCAAUUACAAAAAAAACAUCUAAUGAUUUCCUAAUUACUCCUAUUUUUUGUGCUUGCAUUAAUCCAUCAGAAUAAUUUUUGAGAUAUUUUAUGCAAUAAACAAUGGAAUAUACUUGUUAAGAUGAAAAUGGUAGAAAACCUGUCCAUUAUGCAGCUGCAUCAUAAACUUCUAAUUGUUUACAAUAUUUAUUAGACAAUGGAGUCGAUGCAAGAGAAGGAGAUAAAUUCUUAACAACACCUAUUAUGAUAGCAGCAAAAUAUGGAAGAGCACAUAAUAUAUAAUUAUUACUUGAUACUAAUCUUAAGGGUAAAAAUAAAGAAGGAAAUAGUGCUAUUCAUUUAGCUAGUUAAAAUGGACAUACAGAAUGUGUAAAAAUACUCAUUAAUAAUGGUGUGUUAAUAAAUAUUGCAGGUAAAAAUAGAAUGACUCCAUUACAUUAUGCAUGUGCAUAUAAUCAUUUAGAAUUGGUUGAAUAUUUACUAGAUGAAGGAGCUAGGAUAAAUGCUAAAGAUAAGUUUGGUAGAACUCCUUUGAUUAUGGCUGCAAGAAAUGGAAAUCAAACUAUUUUAUCUAAAUUAAUUUAUUAUGGAGCAGAUGUAACUAUUAGUGAUUCAUCAAAAAAUAAUCUUAUUCAUCAUGCUGCAGCUUAUGGUUUUUUAGAAUGUGUUUAAACUUUAAUUGAAGUAAAAGUUGAUUAAAAUUAAUUUAAUUCAUGGAAAUUGACUCCUUUAAAUGUUGCAUUAGCCAAAAACCAUUUUGGAAUUGUUAAAGAAUUACUUAAAUAUGAUGAUACUGAUGUUAAUUGCAUUGAUGAUGAUGGAUUAACUUUGAUAGCUAGUUUGAUAAAGGAAUUCAACUCUACUUAAGAUCAAUUUGAUUUCAUCUAAUAUCUUAUUAAAGAGAAAAAAGCUCAAAUAAAUAUCUAAGACAAAUUUGGAAAAACAUGUAUACAGCAUGCCUUGUUGUGUAAAUAAUCAGAUUUAUAAGUUGAAUUAGUCAAAUUAUUAUUAGUAAAUGGAGCUGAUAUACACAUCAAAGAUAAAGAUGGUAGAACCUGUUUAUUGCAUAUUCUUGGUUCUUAGUAAUCUUAGAUCCAAACAUAACUUGUUAAAUUAUUAUUGUAAAAUGGAGCAAAUAUUAAUUCUUAAGAAAAAGAAAAUGGUUAAUCAGCCUUUUCUCUUUGUUUACAAUAAAAAAAUUAUACUCUAAUAAAGGAAUUAUUAAAUAUUACAGAGGUAGAUGUCAAUCUAGUUAAUAAUGCUGACAAAACCUUUUUACAUAUAAUGAUUGAAAACUAAUUUUAUUAUAAUAUGGAAGCAAUCUAAACUUUUGAGAUAAUUUUAAAUAAAAUAAAUUCUUCAUUAAUCAACUUUUAUGAUCAAGAUGGAUAUUUACCAUUGUUAAGAUUAGUUCAUAGUUUUGUAUAAAGCAUAGCUUAAAGAAUUUAAUAAGACUUUGCUUAAAAAGUAUUACAACAUAAAUAGUAAAUUUGGGAUAAGAUUAUUGAGGAAUAUAAAUCUAAGGAAGAAGAAUUUAAAAAUAUUAUAUUAUAGAAUCCUUAAGCUAAUCCUUAUUAUGCUUUUUAAAAUGAAAUUUAAUAAAGAUUAACAAAAAAUAAAUAAGUAAAUCAUGGCUCAAGAUAUACAUUUGAGAAAAUUAAUGUUCAGAUUGGAUUAACGUUAGAGGAAACUGUUGAAUUAGAUGGAUAGAGAGUUUAAGAUGGAUAUAGAUAUUAAAACUAAUUAUUUGAAAUAUUGAAAUUAUUAAUAUCUAAAGGUGCUGAUACAGGAGUCAAAAUUAUUAAAUAAAAAUGGUGCAGAGAUAAAGAAAAAGAAACAUCUCCAUUUUAAAAUAGUAAUGUAUUUCAUUUAGCCUUUUAAUUCUUUCCAAGUGUUUCAUUUGUUAAAGAACUUUAGAAUUUAUUUCCACAAGAUUUAAUAUAUGAACAUGAUUUAUUUGGUUAACCAGUCCAUUAUUUCUUUUAGAAUUAUCAAUUAAAUUAAGUUAUUUUAGAGAGGUAAAAUGAGGAGACUUCUGAAAUUUUUUUUGAUUAUUUAAUCUCUUUAGGAAUAAAUUUUAGAGAAAAGAAUUCUGCAGGUAAUACACCAACUUUGAUGAUUGCUUAAAAAUAUAAUGAUAGCUAUAUACCAUUAUUAGAAAAACUUGUGAAUUUAGGAGGUUUAAUUAAUGAUAUUAAUAAUUCAAAUAUGGUACCAUUACAUAAAUUUGUAUCUUAAUCAGAUAUAAGAGCUGUGAAAUCUUUACUUUAGAGAUUUAAAUUAGAUCCUAAUUAUUAAGAUAAGUAUGGAAGAACAGCUUUGCAUUAUGCUACUAAUUUUAGUAAUCCAAAUGCAAAUGCUAGUUUUUAAAUGGAAUAGAUUCUAAUUAAAUCUGGAGCCAAAUGUAACAUACUAGAUGUUUAUAAUAGAACUCCUCUCUUUUAUGCUUUUACAAAAUUUGAUGAUCCAAAAAGUACUAAAGAAAUAGAUCCUUUUGAAUCUGUUUCAUCCUUAUUGGCUUAUGCAGAAUGCGAUGUAAAUGCUAGAGAUAAAUAUGGAAGAUACCCUUUACAUUAUGCUGCUUUAAGGGGAAGUGCAAUUUCAGGUAGGUAUAUGAUUAAAAUGGGUGCUAAAAUUGAUGAACCUGAUAAUUUUAAUAAUACUCCUUUGGCAUAUGCAUUUUUUUAACAUUCUAAUUUUAGUACAAUGCUUAUUGAUAAUAAAGCAAAUGUUAAUAAAGAAAUAACUAUCAUUAGUGAAAGUGAUUAUAAAUCAGAAAAAUAUAAAAUUUACAAAGAAGAAGUUAAAGAAGAUCCUGAAGUAAAUAGAAUUAUGAUGGCUGAAGAUUAAGAAAUAAAUUCCAAAUUAUUAAAAACAAAAUAGGAAGAGAGAAUUGUAUAAUUGGAGAAAAUCUAAUAAGAAAUUUAAAAAACUAAUCAAAAAAAUGAUCAAAUUUCAGAAGAAUCUGAUAAUGAUGAAUAAAUUAAUAGUAAACUUAAAAAUGAAUAACCUAUUAUAUUUAGAAGAAGACGUAAAGAUAAAAUAAUAUAGAGAAAUAAGAUUAUUGAAUAACUUAUUUAAGAAAGACUUAAAAAUGAUUUAGAUAUACCUUAACAUUUGCAUAAUCACUUAUCCACAGGAAAAUAUAGUUAUUUUUCAUAAGCUAUUAAAUUUGGUUGGUAAGGAGUAGCAUAUUUAUUAAUUAGUGAUGGAUAUGAAUUUGUCAAAGCUAUUCAAGAUGCAAUUAAUGCAAAUUAAUUUUAAUUAGUUUUAACUCUAUUAAUGAAAGUAAAAAAUAUAAGAGAUGUACAAAGAUUAGAUGAAAAAGGUUAAAAUUUAUAUCAUUUAUUUGCUAAAUUUUCAUCUAAUGUUAAAUCAGAUCUUAAAUUGGAAAUUAUAGAGGAAUUUGAAACUAAAGAAAUUAGUCCAUAUUUGUAGGAUAGUUUAUUAAAAACUCCUUUACAUUAUGCAGCUGAAAAUCAAGAUUAAUUUUUGAUAAAUUACUUUCUUCAAACUAAAAAAUGUGAUCCUAAUAUAAUGGAUUCAACUUAAAAUAAUCCCUUUACUAUUUUACUUUAAAAAAAUUACAAUUCAAAUUUCAAAAUUUUUAUUAACAAUGGAUUGAAAAUAGAUGUACAAUUUCAAUUAAUUAGUACUGGUUAAUAUAUGAAACCUUUUAUGUUUUUAGUAAAUUAUCAUAAAAUUAUUAAUAUUGAUGUUUUAAAAACCUUUAUUAAUUAUGGAGUUGACAUAAAUGAAUAAAAUGAAGAAGGAAAAACUAUUAUAACAAUGGUAAUUCAAAAUAAUAAUAUCAAAUUAUUACAAUUUAUCCUAGAAUAACCUACUUUUAAAAGUGAAUAUCAUGCAAAAGAUAAAGAUGGUAAAAGUCCAAUCCAUCAUGUUGUAUUACCAUUAGAAUUUGGAUCUUAUGAAAAUUUAGAAAUGUUGAAAUUAUUAAUUCCAUUAUUUGAUUAUAAUACUUAAGAUAAUAAAGGAUUAACACCUUUAGAUUAUGCUUUAAUUUUUGAUGCUUAAGUAAUGAAAGAAGAAUUAUUAAGUUUAAAUGCUCAUCAUACUAGAAGUUUAAGAUAGUAGAGAAUGCCAACAUCAAUUAUAUCAACUGCUUUGUGGCCAGAUUAAGAAUUAGAUUAUGAAGAAGAUGCAUAAUAAUAUUAAGGAAUUAUGAAUAUGUAAUUAGAACCUGAAAUUGAUAAUAAAUAAAUUGUUGAUAAAUAAGCUCACAUAACAAAAGGAGAUUUAAUUGUUUAUGAAGAUCCAGAAUAUGGACUAUUUUAAUGUUUGAUGUCAAAAGUAGAUAUAGUGAAUAAGAAUUUCCAUAAAAAUAUAUUCUAUAAAAUGCAAAUUUUAUUGGAUCGAAAUAGAAAUAAUUAUAUUUUAUUUACAAAAUGGGGUUAAAUUGGAGAAGUAGGUUAAUUUUAAAUGACACCUUUUGAAAAUUUAGAAACUACAAUUAAAGAAUAUUGUAAGAUUUUUUCAUCAAAAACUGGAGGAAAUAAUUGGAAAUUAAUAAAAAGAGGUGAAAUUGAAUUUGAAAAGAAACCAGAAAAAUAUCAAUUAAUGCAAUUAAGUAACAAUGUAAGUUAUAAAACAUUUUUAUAACCUUUUGAUUUAAGUGAUAAAUCUCCAUAUCCUAAGUGUUAAUUACAUUAAAGUAUUUAAUCUGUCAUUGAAUAAUUCUCACAAGUUAAAUUGUAUCAGUAAGAAUUAUAAAACUAUCAUUUUGACACAAGUUUUGUUCCUUUAGAAAAAUUAAAUAAAAAUAUUAUUUUAAAAGCAAAAGAAUAUUUAUUAGAACUUAAGGAAAUUGUUAAAGAACUUACUGAAUAUAUGUAAUUAACAGAUAGAGAUCUAAAAAAAUUAUAAUAAUAUUAUUCAGAAAUUAAUGAGAAAUCAGCUAGAUAUUAUGAAAUUAUACCUUAAACUUAAAUGAGAUAAAAUGUAUUACCUUUACUAGAAAACGAUGAUAUAAUUAAUUAAUAAUUAUAAUUAGUUGAAGUUCUUAUAAAUAUAGAACUUUCGGUUAAAAUACUUUUAGGAGCACAUUUUAAAUCAAAUAUAAUCCACCCUUUAACAUAUUGUUUUAAUGCUUUGAAUAUUAAAAUGCUUACAUUAACAAAAGAAGAUUUAGAAUAUAAGAUGAUAUAAACUUAUAUGGGUAAGACUUAAUCUCUUAAGAUUUCUAAUAUUUUUGCUAUUGAAAGAAAAGGAGAGGCAAAGAAAUUUGAGCAAUUUAAUAAUGCACCCAGAAUAUUGCUAUGGCAUGGUUCUAAAAUAUCAAAUUUCAUAAGUUUAAUGGCACUUGGAUUAAAAAGUAAUAUAUUAAUUUUAUUAAUUAGUUGCACCUGCUUGGGCUGUAAAUACUGGAGCUUUAUAUGGAAAAGGAAUCUAUUUUGCAGAUCAAUUUUCCAAGAGCUAUAAUUAUACUAAUGAUAAUACAAUUAGAUCGAAUUAUCGUAAUAAUAAUUAAUAAUGUCAAAAUCUACAGAAAUACAGAUAUUUAUUAUUAUGUGAGGUCAGUUGUUAAAAUCAAGUAGAUAUAUAUCAAUAUCAAGAUUAAGAUAUCAGUAACUACUAUAGUAAUUAAUUUUAUAAUAAUUAGAACCUGAAAUAACUUUAAGGGUAGUAGGUUCUUAAGGUCCAGAUACUAUGUCAUAAAUUAAAUUACCAAACGGAUGUGUUGUCCCAAUUGGUAAUAUUGUUUCUUAGCCUUUUCCUGAACAUCUGAAAGAAAAACUAGGACAUUCACAUGGUUUCAAAACUGCUUAAACUGAAUAUAUAAUUUACGAUGAGAACAGAGUUAGAAUUAGAUAUUUGGUUUAAAUAUAAUAGUGA